CUGCUGCAGGCCAGGAGGUGGCAGUAAAGCACCACAGAAGAAGCAGCAGCAGCAGCAGAAGAAGAAGAAGGUGAAGAAGACGGUUUGUGACAACAAUUAAUCCUCGACUGUCUUAAAAAAACAACAAAACCAAUAAGCAAAAGCUUUAUUUUUGUCUGUAAGGGAGAGUCUUACCUUCUUUCUGCUUUAAAGUCUGAGGUAAGUUCAUCUCACCCUCUGAACAGAUUGAGGCUGAAUCCCAAAUUUGAUUAUUUUUUUAAUUUCAUUAUAAGUUUAAUCGUUUUUCAUCAUUUUUCCACCAAAACCUUGUGCUUAGCUAAGCUUUCCAGCAGGGGUUCAAUGUAGAAAGCCUGAAUUGCUCAUAUUUUUAUCAGAAAUCUAGUGUAUGUGUGUGGCUCUUUUCAGUGAGUCAGAUCAUCUGAUUCGACUCAUCAAUAAGAGUCGACUCUUUCAGCUCCUAAACAGCUCACUGCCUUUUUUUUCUUGUCUAAACUAAAGACAAGGUUUUGCAAUAUUUAGACCUGUGAAUGUUGUUUCCAUGGCUACAGUUGUUGCAUGAAAUUGUACUCGUAUUUGUGUAAAAUACACAGUUGUGUCCUGCUGAUUCAUACACACAGCUACGAGUCAAACACACACACACACACACACACACCUUACCAUUCAAACAAACUACUCAGAUGCUGAAAUGAGGUUUCCGAGGAAUGAUUAAAUUACACCACAAGAGUAACAGCGUUAUGUUAAAAAAGAAGAGAAAAGAAAGAAACUCUUGUAUGUGAGUCGACUCUUAAAGAUUCAUUUGUAAAAGACUCAUCACUAAUCAACAGAACCCUAGUCACUGCGCAGUUUUGGAGCUGUAUAAACCUUAUUUUUCCCUUUAAUAUCGUGUCUGACAUGUUGUUUGUUGUGUCCCUGACAGUAGGUGUACUUCUCAACGACGGGAUGGGUGAAAACGCGCUUCAGAAGCGUGAGGAGAAACCAGCGUGGCCCUGCUUACCAGCGAAAUGAAUGACGCUCUGUUGUAAGUGUUCUCCUGCUCCUCAUGGCCACAUUCCUACAGAUUAACCAUCAAAAAAAUGAUGCUAUGAGGAAAACGAUGACGUCCAUAGCGAUCUCUUGUAGUCAGCAAAUAUCUUCUCUCCAUCUUAAUACUUCUGUGCAAAUGCAGGAAGAUAUUAAAUGUGAGGCGAGUUUUACUGAAGAGAGUACGCUAUGCCAGAGCCUCCAAAGCCUCCACGCAAGAGAGAAGCCGUAUCACUGCUCGCAAUGUGGCAAGAGUUUUAACCGACAGAGUCAUCUCCUGACACACCAGCGCGUCCACACUGGAGAGCGGCCGUAUCAGUGCUCGCAGUGCGGGAAGAGCUUCACUCAGCGGAGUAAUCUGCAUUUACACCAGCGCAUUCACACGGGAGAGAAGCCCUACCACUGCUCCGAGUGCGGCAAGAGUUUUACUCUGCGCAGCCAUCUCCGAAUGCACCACGUCGUGCACACGCGCGAGAGGCCCUAUCAGUGCUCACAGUGCGGCAACAGUUUCAGUCAGCCCAAUCACCUUCGGCUGCACCAGCGCAUCCACACGGGAGAGAAGCCGUACCUGUGCUCAGAGUGCGGAAAGACUUUUAGUCAGCAGAGUCACCUCCGGAUACACCAGCGCGUCCACACGGGCGAGAGACCGUAUCGCUGUUCGCAGUGUGGGCGGAGUUUCACUCACCAGAGUCAUCUCCAGCGCCACCAGCUCAUUCACACCGGAGUGAAGCCGUACCACUGCCUGCACUGCGGGAAGAGCUUUACACACGGGAGCACGUUUCAAGCACAUCAGCGCAUCCACACAGGAGAGAAGCCGUACUACUGCUCAGUGUGUGGACGCAACUUCACUUACUUAAGUAACUUACAGAGACACAAGUGCAAGAGUCAGUUAACAUGACUUUAUAGUUUGCGUUUAUUAUAUCGUAUAAAUGUUAGCCUUGACAUGCUAGUGAAGGAAACACUGAAUGUUUGAUUGCAUUCAUCUUUAUCUUAAAGCUUGUGUUGUACAUGAAUAGUUUCUUCAAACACUAAAUAAAUUGUUUUUUUUUUUCAUUUAUCAUGUAACUAGUAAGUGUAUGCAAUAGGCUUGGCAUUAAAUUAUUAAUUGUUAUUAUAUUCAAUUAAUAGAGACUUUAACUAAGUUACUUGUCUUUUAAAGCUAUAUUAUAGAAGUAUUUUAUUUUUUAGGAACCAUCGCAAUAGUGACAUGACAACCUGAGGUGGCCGUUUUAUUAGAUACACCGAGUACUUACAUGGUGGAGUACAGUGCAACUUGGAAUUUUUUUUUUUUUUUUUUUUUUUUUAAGGACGUUAUGACGAUACAUCUAGCACCAGUAUCAGUGUUGUAACCCAGAAAUUCAUUUGAAUCAUGUGAACGGUCCGAUUUUGUAAAACUGCGCCAGGAAUCGGUCUUGAUGUACCCCAGCCAUCGGUUUACCCUCCACCUGACAUCCUGGUGAAAUUUCAUCUGGCUGUAAAUGACAAAGGAAAGCUUGAAUGUCACUGGUAAAACUAUGUUAAUAAUGUCAGUGUGAAAGAGUCUAAUACAUUGAUGAAAGUUGUUUUUUUUUUUUUUGGUUAUAUAAAGAAAAUAAAUUCCCUUUGAAGAUCUCCCCAAACUUGGGGGUUACAACCA